ACGCAGCAUGACGCCGCCUGUGGUGGCUCAUUACAUUAUCUGGCAGCCGGAGUGGCAGCGGACAGAAGAGAGGGGAUCCCCGGGAUUUUUUUACACCGUAGCCAGCGUCAAACAUCUGAAAAUCACGGGGACUCGCUUAAGCUCCUCCUAGACUUUGCUGAGGGCAGCCAUGUCGGAGGAGGCAGUCCGUCAAACACGCAGCCAAAAACGGGCUCUGGAGAGGGACCAUUCAGGUCUGACUGGUUCACCCGAGGACAUGGACAGCAAAAGAGUUAAAAUUGAAGGAGAUGCACCUGGAGCUGCUCUGGCCCUGGUGGGAUCUGGAGCUGAAGGUGUCAAGUUGAAGAGUGAACAGGCUGCCAAGGUGGCAGCCAGCAUCCUGAAGUCUGGGGAAGUCAAAGCCACCAUCAAGGUGGAGGUGCAGACAAGAGAUGAGCCUGUUGAUAUGAGCACAUCCAAAAGUGACAUAAAGAAGGAGCAGUCGCCACCAUCACCAGAUGAUGUGAUAGUGUUAUCAGACAACGAGCCAUCCAGUCCGCUCAUUAAUGGUCACUGCUUCACAAAGACUGACACAGAUAAACUUAUGAAGAGUUCUCCUGAGGAGAGAGAACGCAUUAUUAAACAGCUGAAGGAAGAACUUAGGCUACAAGAGGCUAAGCUGGUGCUGCUUAAGAAACUCCGACAGAGCCAGAUCCAGAAGGAAAGCACUGCAUCAAAGGCUGCUGGAUCAGUAGCUACCCCUCCUCCUUUGGUGAGGGGAAGCGUUACAUCAAGCAAAGGACCCCUACAGAUUGUAGGUCGAAGCUCAGGCACAGUGAUCCCUCCCCCAUUAGUCAGGGGUGGCCAACAUGUUCCAUCUAAACAUGGCUCUCAGAUUGUGAUGCCACCGCUGGUCAGAGGCGCCCCGGUACCUAUUGCAGUUACUCCUCAGCAGAUAGCCAGUCUACGUCAGCAACAGCAGCAGCACAGUGGUUCUGGUCCUCCUCCUCUUUUACUCGCUCCCAGGGCGUCCGUUCCCAAUGUCCAGGUCCAAGGCCAGAGGAUCAUUCAGCAGGGACUUAUUCGGGUGGCUAAUGUGGCCAACAGUAAUGUCAUGGUCAACAUCUCUCAGGCUUCUCCAUCCAGCCUUAAAGGAUCCUCGGUGUCAUCUAACUCCAGCAUAAAUGAUUCUCCUGCCAGCCGGCAGGCCGCUGCCAAGCUGGCACUGCGCAAACAGUUGGAGAAGACUUUAUCGGAAAUUCCUCCGCCCAAGGCUCCCGCCCCAGACUUAAACUUCCUGCCCUCAGCAGCCAAUAAUGAGUUUAUCUACUUGUUGGGGUUAGAAGAAGUGGUGCAAACACUUCUAGAAAUGCACGGCAGGGGUAAUCUUGGUCCAGCUGCUGCGAUUGCCAACACCAUUCCUAAAGAGCCCCACACAUGUGCCCAGUGUAAGACAGACUUUACAUCUCGAUGGAGAAAGGAGAAGGCUGGCACCGUCCUCUGUGACCACUGUGUGUCGUCCAAUCAGAAAAAGGCAUUAAAAGCUGAGCACACAAGUCGUUUGAAGGAAGCUUUUGUGAAGGCUCUCCAACAGGAGCAGGAGAUUAACCAGCGCAUCCUCCAGCAGGCGGCCUCUUCCUCCUCUUCCUCGAUCUCUAAAACCACCUCCUCAUCCAGCACCUCACUGUCUAAAAGUGAGAUGCUGAUUUCCCAGACAUACAAGCAGGUCAGUGCUGCCAUGCAGCACAGACCUGUAGCCGCCCACCAUGCCACAAUUAAACAGAAACUUUCACAUAACAUCCAGUCCACAGGGAGGUCCCAUGGCGUGGUGCACUCAUUCCCCUCCUCUCAGCUGCAGAGUUCAGUGACAGCAGCAAUGGUGGGCAACAGGGGAAGCAAGCAUGCCGCAGGACGCUCUCUGCAGCCGGGGGCAAAGGUCGGCAGCAGCACAAACCAGGGCAACAUGACUGUCUGGAGAAAGCAGAACAGUGGAAAUACAGGUGUAUCUAUGGCUUAUGUGAACCCCAGCUUGUCUGCCCAUAAGGCUACCUCUGAGCGUCAGAGAGAGUACUUACUUGACAUGAUUCCCUCGCGUUCCAUCUCUCAAACAACCAACACAUGGAAAUAAUGCAAUCCAGCUUUUCUCUAAUUGUUUCCCUUCUUAAUAUUAAUAACAGCCGUUUUCAUUAGCAUUCUAAUCUUUCGGACAUGUAAGCCUCUGGACAAAAGGGGUGCAGGUGAUGGUCUGCCUAUUUUUUGUGUUUGUGGGAAGGAUCUUUACUUCUUCAUCACCUCCUCAGAUCUUCUUGCUAAAAAAAAAAAACUUGCUGCAUCCCAAGCUGCCACAUUCCAACUUGGGAUUCAAAGAGAUAGUGGAAAAGAAUUUUGUGUACCUUGUUUGAGGGCUCGAUUUAUUGGGAGCGUGUAUGGUUUUUCACAAUACUCCAGUGAUGGUUCCUUUACUUUCCUAUCCAUCAUUCGAGCUUCCCACGUUUACUAAAAAGAAGCUGACACACAAUCCACGAGUCCCUCCUGUCUCUGCAUAAGGCAAGGGAAUUAGUAAUGGCUACAACACAAUAGACCAUCCGCCUUAUGUCCUGCUCCUCUUCAAUCUGAGCCUGCCAGACUCAGGCCCAUGUGGUGGCCAAAGUGAACUUAACUGAAGACCUCAUGACAGAGAUUAUGGUUGAGCUUCAAGGACCAUUCACAAAAUAAGUACUGCAGCUUUGCAAAAACGUUAAAAGAAAAAUUAGUUUAAAAAAAAGAAAAAAAAAAGAAUAAAGAUGUGCACACAGACUGCCUCUUUUUAAUCUACACCAUGUCUCAUAGAGAAGGGGGUGCGUGUUUGAUUAUUUUGUAUGGCUGAAUGUUAGGAUUUUGUCAUUGCUUCUGUAAGUCAUAUACUGUGUUUGGAAUAUUAAAUAUUGUGCUCCAUGAUACUUUGGAAGUGGCCUCUUGUCGAGGUCUGAAUUUACAGGCUAAUGUUACUGUUGAGGUGGUUUUACAUCUGCUGGGUUCCAUGUUGUGGCCUACUUUUAAAUACUUGUUUUUUUUUAAAGAUGUGGAGGAAGAAUAAUAUUUAAGGUUUCACUGACUGGUGUGAGAACACAGACGGGAUGUUUAGAGGACUAUUCUGAUUGAAUAUUGUUAAACUUCCAAAGAACUAGUGGAGCCCAAAUGGAAUCCCUUCUGCUGGAAGGUUUCUAUCUUAUUUGAACCCUCUCUGGAUAUAAACAUGAAUUCAUGCUAAAAUAAGGGGGAGGGGAGGGUCAAAGGAAUGUCAUAUUUUUGACAUUUAUUGUUUGCUUCUAGUCAUAGAUUGUGGUGCAUUAUUGUUUUUUCUUUCUGUAGACAAACUGUCUCUGGGUUUAUUUAUAGGGUCCUGUUAGUGAUGUAAGCUAAUGCCCUACGUUUCGAUGAUAGCUUCAUGAAACGACCUUUCUCUGUCUAGAGGCUCCUGCUCUCUGUGAGAGGGGCUGGACAGCUUUCAGAAUAUAGUUAUGCAAAAACCCCUAUAGCAACAAACUAUACUAGUCUUUAACAUUACAGUGUGAGUGAAUGAUGUCCAGUCUUUGAAUUGAGCUAACUAUGCCUUUCACGAGCUACAGAUCCAGGUCGCGGCAGCACAGGAUAAGCUACUGAUGUCACCACGUCCCACAGUAAACUCCAAUUGAAAUUGAAACUCUAUGAAACCAUGUUCUGUUUUUUUGCAACUAUAAUUCAAAACUGAGUGGUGUUGCGUUUUUGGCCCUACUGAUAUGUCGCUAAUAAAAAUACAAUAAGACAUAAAAUUCUCAAAUUACAUAAUAAAAUACAUCAAGCACAACUUCAUUUGUUUUUGUUUCUGCUACUGGAUAAAAGCUGGGCAUCAGAUGAAAUGUAUCCCUUUAUCCAGGUCUUGUGUAACUGCACACAAAGGAUCACUGAAGAAAUCCCAGUGCUUGUCUGUACAUUCCUGACUGGCAGAGAGUAGCAGCCAGUGUUAUGUGAAUGCUAAUUAAACAAAACAGUACAAGCCCCAAAGUUGCUUUUGAUCCUGCUACGCGUGUCCCUGUACUGUUUAUCUACUUUCAACUGCUGCUGCUUGAUGACGUUUCACCAUUCCGUAUGUGUGGGUCAUGCUGCCCAGACCCAGUGCGGCCCAAUUUAAAAACGAAACAUGUAUGAAAGUUUUUUUUUUGUUUGUUUUUUUGUAAUUUUAUUUUCUGCGCUAUCAAAUAAUAAUAAAACUAAUUUUAACCUGUUA